AUGAACCCCCCGCCACCUGAUCCGUACAAAGCACUUGGGGUUGAAAAAAGCGCCGACAUCACCACCAUCAAGUCUGCCUACCGCAAACUGGUCUUGAAGUGCCAUCCCGACAAGGUCCAAGAUCCGACUCUGAAAGCGGUCAAGCAGGAUGAGUUCCAACGCGUACAGCAUGCGUACGAGGUCCUCGUGGACGAGACGAAGCGGAGGGAGUACGAUCUUGAUGCUAAGAUGCGGCGGAUGAGGGCAGAGGCUGUUCGGAACCCAUCGACGCCCCGGUCCACGGCCAAGGAUUACGCCGGGUUCAAUGUCCGAACUGCCGAACCCCCUCCGUCCUUCAAACCCGGCCCGCCGCCAUCUUACUCACCCUAUGGCGCGAGCAGUCCUCUGCAUGCGCAUUCAUGGGAGGACCGGGAUAUGCCUUAUCGAUCAAAGACAAUGUACGAUGAGGGUCGCCGAGCCCGCCGCGCAACGAGCUACGAGAAGCCGCGGUCCGAGGUUCCGAAAGAAGAACGGAGGCGCCAAAAGGAAGCGGAUGAGGAGGCGGACCGAGGGUGGGCGCGAGAGAGGGAGCAGCGAGAGAAAGACCGGCGCGAACGAGAGAAGGAGCAGGAGAAGAAGGCCCGCAGCGAGCGCGAGAAGGAGGAGAAGCGUGAAAAGUUGAAGAGGGAGCAGGACCGGCGUGAUAGAGAGCGGGACCGGACUCGUCGUCAGGAGCAACAGGACAAGGCGCGAGCGCGAAACAAGACGGCUUAUGUCGAGCACUACGAAGAAUCGGACGAGGAGCGCCGAGCAUACAGCAAGAAGAAGACGUCGGCCAGUGGUGCUGGAGGCGGCGGCAGCAGCAGCAGCAAGAAGCACACGGAAACACCACGCCGUGACAGGUCUGCCCGCCGUGAUGAUGAGCCGCGUACAGAGCCGCGUGUCGAGUCCGAGGCCGAAGCACCGCCAGCCGAUGCAAUGGAGGAGAGAAUGAAGGCCGCUGCUGACUACAUGGUCACGAAGCGACGGGGAAGCAAGAACAACAUGCCGACGGCGCAGUUUACCGAAGGGACCGCUUACAAUUCCCACUUCCCGGAUCCGGACGUGACCUGGCACGUUAACGGGGCUUCUCCGCGGCCACGCCGUGCUUCCCAGGAGGAGAAGAAAGUCCGCAGAGGUGACGGCCCUGAAGACGACGUUGACCGCUUCAUGGGGACGCCGGAACGCCGGCCGCCGCCACUGACCAAGUCGUAUACGACGCCUUUGGGCACGGUACACGUGUCGAACACUUCUGCGCCUCGUGCUCCUCCACUCAAUCGAGCCGCGACCAUGGGCUACUCGCGGCCGAUGCCGCCAUCGGUGCCCCCCGCGGCACCGGAAACGGGCCGGGGCAAGCCGGAGCGUCGACGCCGAGGCUCGUUUGAAGCGUUGGACGAGGAACUGCGGUCUCGCCGGCCGUCGGCCAAUCCUCGGGUGGUGCACUAUCCGCUGGACGAAAGCUCUCCGAUCCCACGCACGGGCAAGUCGAACUACUAUGGACACGGGAACGACUAUUUUCCGGCGCCUUCACGGGCGAAGACGUUCUCGGGCGGACAGGUAUACGAGACAAAGCGGUACUCGAAUGAGGAUAUUGUCUACUCGACGGUCAACCAUUCGGCGGACCACCACUACUCGUCAUCGCACCCGCCUUUUGUGGCGUACGACUAA